AUGGCCAUUUGCGGUCUCGGGCCAGAUUCUAGCGUCGUUUCGCAGCUGAUUAUGCGACCCGGUGACCCCGAUUUCAACACCAUAGAUCCAGCUUUCAUCCAGCUCUUUAGACGAUUCGCCGGUCAUAUAUUGUCUCUCCCCAUCCGUAGCCAUCGGCGAGUAUUGGGGGAUCCCAAGCGCAAGGUAUUGACCCCUCACGACGUCAUACACCAUUCUACUCAUUGUCUCAUGUGGUAUUCCUUUGAGCUCGAUGAUAAGGUAAUCACGGCCCUUGAAGUGCGUAACUCUGGGCAAGGCAAGGAUCGUUCAAACUCGCGCCGACGGUUGAAUCCCACGAAAGUCCCAGAAAUCGCAUGGUAUUCAACACCUUCACCCUCUUCGAAGGCCCUGCAUUUGAUGUCGAUCUAUUUCGCAGCUAUGGGGAGUAAUUUCGCUCCCUUCCCAGGUCAUUCGGCCGGCUCUGACUUCUCAUAG